UUGUCAUCGCACUGGCAGCUGGACAAGUGAGUCUUUGCUUUCGCCGUGACAUGUAUUUGAGUCGCAGCGGAAAGGAAAUGUGUCAUCUGUGGUUUGGUUUGAAGAGUGGAAAGCUAGCUGUACAUAUCCUCUUAAAACCCUGCAGAUUUCAGUUUCACAGUCUCCAAGCUAUUCUACUUAAAAUCAGAAGAGCAGAACAGAGGUGGCUGACAAAGUGAAGGCUGGGCGAGAGCGCUGGAAGAUAGCAGUGGACCUGUUGGUAUGGAGCACAAAGGACAGUACCUGCAUCUUGUUUUCCUGAUGACAACAGUGUGGGCCUCGUCUCCUGGAACAAGACCAAACUACACACACCUGUGGGCUAGCAGUGUCACUGCCUCGGGUCCCAGUAAUCAGAAUGGCUCCAGCAGACAUCCGAGUGACAAUAACACAAACUUUGUCACUCUUGCCAUGGGUCACAAGGUGAGCACCACAGACAAGCCUGCAUCAUCUCCCACUGUGCCUUUAGCUUCCACAUCUACACCUGAGUCCUCCACGCCCCGUGCCUUCAAAAACAGUUCUCCAACAGCAGAGAUCAAAAGUCAGGGGGAAACGUUUAAAAAGGAAGUCUGUGAGAACACCAGCAAUGCUGCCAUGCUAAUUUGCUUAAUUGUAAUUGCAGUGCUUUUCCUUAUCUGUACCUUUCUAUUUCUAUCAACUGUGGUUCUGGCAAACAAAGUCUCAUCUCUCAAAAGGUCAAAGCAAGUAGGCAAGCGCCAGCCGCGGAGCAACGGUGACUUUCUGGCAAGUAGUGGGCUCUGGACUGCUGAGUCGGACACUUGGAAAAGAGCAAAGGAGCUCACAGGCUCCAACCUCCUGCUGCAAUCUCCUGGUGUGCUUACAGCCGCCAGGGAGAAAAAGCACGAAGAAGGAACUGAAAAACUCAACUAGGCCGCGGGUUGGAAAGGGAAAUGCAAAGCAGCAAUGAGGAAGGCGGAGUUAAAAAUAAAGCUGGCUGGUGGUAUUUCCCAUCCACGUUUGCUCAGAUGAUCCAAAGUCUGACAUGCUCUUUGUUUAGCAUCAAACAGACCAGAAAUGGAGACGUAUGCUUGCUCAAGGUUUAUGUCUGUUUCGUACUUCAUAUUUUUAAGAAAGUAAAUAAAACAACAGCAGCUAAAGAAACUAACAGAAAUAACAUGAGGUAAUUAAACAUUCCUGUUCAGCAGUGAAUGACCUCUGUCUGAAUGUACUUGAACUUGGAAGAGUUAGUUCUAUUAAGCCCUUAGAGCCAAGCAGAUGUCAAAUUCCUAAUGUGUAGAAUUCAACUAUGUAAUGCAAUGGUACAUUCUCACUGGAUGAGAUAGAACUUGUACCAGUUGCUAUCUUAGUACAGCUAAUAUUAGGCUACAUCUUUUUACCUUUACAUAUGGCACAAGACAAGACUGCUUUUCUAUUAUACAUAACACAUUAAAACUUAAUUUUGUACAAUAAAUGAAAACAGACUUUAGAACAAA